AUGCGACACUGCAAUGGCUAGUUUGUGGCACAUUCGGGUAAGUAUUUCCUGCAACUCCAACGCGCCGUGUUCUAUCAGAGCAAUAAGCUUCCACAUUGGACGCAAAACACGGGGAAGUGGAGAAGACACGUUCAUUUGAUAAUCACCGAUGACGUCGGGGCACCAUGCGGCUCCGGAAACUUUCCCUAGCAUCUCUCCCCUCUUUGUCUUCCUAGAGUCGUCUCAUGAUACGUAAAACCACAAUACUCAGAUCCCAUCGAUCCAUCAACGAGAUGGCCAACAUCCCAGAAUCAGACAACGUGGUGCGCGUCAAGCUUGUCGAUACGACAACUGCCAUGGUCGGCGUGGCCGAGUCCUUCGUUCAGCCAGUCGCCAAGGGGCACGAAGUCAUCAACUUUUGCUCGCUAGCUUUCCUCCUUGAACAUGAGAAACUCGGCAAAAAGGCGAUGUUUGAUCUCGGCGUCCGGAAAGACUAUUGGAACUUGCCCAAGGGUGCCCAACAAGGAGUGCUGGGACCGGAUAGCGUCAUCUUUGGCAUGAGUGUACCAAAGGGCAUUGAUGAGGUCUUGACGGAUGGAGGCGUAGAUCCAGAGUCGAUCGAUUAAGUCAAACCCCCCACUUCCUGGCACCCCCCUGUUUCUGGCACCACAAAAACGAUGGG